UAAUUGCUUGAACAAAAAGCAAAACACAAGCAAUUUUCUCCUUUGUGUCUGUCUCUAUGUUUUUUUGCUUUCUUUAUUUCUUUGUUCUGUGCAGAUAAGAAAAAGAAGGAAAACUCUAAACCGACAUAUAUAUCCUCUGUUUCCAUUUUUUUCGUUUGGGGUCUUUUCGAGUUUCGCAUAAAAAAAAGUACUUGACCCGUUUGCGCGUUGGAUUGAUCUGAACUAAAUUAUGGGUUCAUCAGAGAUUAAGCAGAUAUUGAAGUCUCUCUGUUUCAGCCAUGGAUGGUCUUAUGCUGUUUUUUGGCGCUAUGAUCCCAUCAAUUCCAUGUUAUUGAGUUUUGAAGAAGCAUACAAUGAUGUACAAUCAGUCGCACUCGUUGAUGAUAUGAUUCUCAAGGCUCAUGUCUUAGGCCAAGGAAUUGUGGGAGAAGUGGCUUUGACCGGAAACCAUCAAUGGCUGUUCUCAGACUCAUUGUUUCAGUGUGAGCAUGAGUUUCAGAAUCAGUUUCUCUCUGGCUGUAAGACUAUCGCAAUCAUUCCAGUAGGAUCUAGAGGCGUCGUUCAGUUUGGAUCUGUUCAAAAGAUUCUUGAGAGCCCAGAGAUGUUGGAACAGACAACAAGAGCUAUGCAAGAGAAACCAGAUCAAUCGGUGGAUCUCGAUACUCUGUUCGAGUCUUUGGUAGAUGAUCUCUUGUAAAACCUCUGAAGCAGCUUCAGCUUCUUCCGGCCACCACCAAGAUGUUACUGUUAGCAGUGGAGAUGAUUUUGGUUUCGACAUUCUCAAGUCUUACACUCUUGACGAUCUUUACGAGCUGCUCGCUGACUCACCUGAACAGAAUUGCUCUUCAGGUGAUCAUCAUCAUCAUCAGCAGCAGCAGCAGCAGCAGGAGAAUUCCUUGGUGAUCCAAGGAAAUGAUGACGACAAGGAUCUUUUCGACAUUUUGGGGAUGCAUUCUCAGGAGCCUUUGCCCAAAGGACUCUUCUCUGAGCUCAUAAGCAGCAGUCUUAGCAACAACACUUGUACUAGUUCUCUCACAGACUAUUCUGCAGGUGUGAAUCAGAGCAAAAGACGGAAACUUGAAACAUCAUCAGCGGCAGCGCAUAGCUCAAGCUUUUUUCCGCAGGCUCAAGAAACUAGUAUAACAGGGCGGAGUUUGUGGGUUGAUGAUGAGAGAUCAAGCGUCGGAGGGAAGAAGAAAAGAGCAAAGGCAGGGGAAAGCAGGAGGCCGAGGCCUAAGGACCGUCAGAUGAUACAAGACCGUAUCAAGGAGCUGCGAGGGAUGAUCCCUAAUGGAGCAAAGUGUAGCAUAGAUACGUU